CGUUACUGUAACGUUCGUCGCAUGAAGGUUGUGUGUAGAUCGGCUCGUCGAACUCGAAAAUGGAGGCUGACUCAAGUAGUUCGACUUUUCGGCAAGUACCCUCGACAAUCUUAUCUAGCUCUGAAAGCGACGAGAAGAUGCCACCUGGAAUUAUAGCAGUGAGGAUAUUAUUCUGGAUGGCAAUGAAAUCUGUAAACCUCCUCUACAUACCAGUGUUAGCUACCAGGUUGUUCAAGAAAUCGAAAAAAUGUCCUCCAAUCCAGGAUCAAAUUCUACUGCUAUCAGCUGCUGAACUGGCUGAUCGUAUCAGAAAUCGACAGAUUUCCUGCGAAACUGUUAUCAAAGCCUAUAUUUCACGGAUACAAGAAGUGAACCCAAUAAUAAACGCCAUUAUAGAAGAUAGAUUCCAAGAAGCUUUGGAAGAUGCUAAAAAAGUUGAUGCAUUAUUAGCGGGACCGUCCGUGAACCUAGAAGAACUGAAAGAAAAAUGUCCUUUACUAGGUGUACCCAUCACCAUCAAAGGCAGCAUCGAAGUUAAGAAUAUGAAGAGCACCUCAGGGAUGGUUAAGAGGGCCGAUAUAAUUGCAAAAGAAGAUGCAGUCACUGUAAAAUACGCGAGAGAAGCUGGUGCUAUCAUUCUGUUGACCUCCAAUAUUCCAGAAUUGUGUCUCAACUGGGAAUCGACGAACAAAUUAAUAGGCACUACGAAGAACCCAUACAACACUACGAGAACCUGCGGCGGAUCUUCUGGAGGUGAGGUAGGAUAUAAAAUUGCUCUUUUUUGUUUCCUGGUAAAUGGAAUCGGUCCAGAUAGAUUUUUAAUCGAAAGGUUCGCGGAAAAAUACUUACCUCUCCUGAGGUACGCUCCAGAAUUAUCCUCCAUAGUCCUCCUCGACAUAGACGACGUCGACAACCUAUUCACGGGCAAAGGUGACGGAUCAGUUAUGGAGCUGCUGAGAUACAUGACCUUCAGAUCCAACUCCGUCAUCACUUCAAUACUUUACGGGCUCUUGAGGAAACUUUCGAAACAUGUUCCAAGGUCCACCACAGAGUAUUGCACGAGAAAACUGGAUGAGCUGAAAUCGGAUUUCAUUAAGUUACUGGGGAAGGAUGGUGUUUUGCUCAUUCCAAGUUUCACUGCUGAAGCACACCACCAUGGAGAAAUAUUCAGAAAAGCGUUGGACUCCGCUUACUUAUCUAUUUUCAACGCCUUGGGAUUACCCGUAACAAAUUGUCCAGUAAGAUUCACCAAAGGUGGUCUCCCAGUUGGAAUUCAGGUAAGAAACAAUGAAUGUUUUGAAGGAGCUUCAGACGAACUGUUCUCUGUGCAGUAA